UAGAAAGCGCUAACCCUAAUAAAUGUCACAUUCAACAGAGAAAAACCCUAACCCUAGCCCUAAUCAUAGUGAAAUUAAGACACCACCAAGAUCAAAAAGGCCCAGAGCAUUAAGUUUACCAGAUAUAUGGUUGAAAGAGCAAGAUCUGAAGUAUGCGUUUAUCAAGAUGCAUCUCAAAUCUGUGUCUUCAACACCAUCACAUUCACCGUUAACAUCAUCUAGUCAUCCUAAUCUACAAUUUCUUCAAUCUCUUAGCAUAGACCCACCCGGACCUGAUUAUUUUUCCCAUCUUUCCGACGAGCUGCUUCUCCAAAUUUUCUCUAAGCUCCCAAUCUCUCAACAUGUUUCUAAUUCUUUAGUAUGCAAACGCUGGUUAUACCUUCAUGGCCGUUUGGUGCAAUCCCUCAACCUCACCGACUGGUCCUUUAUUGAGUCGGGUCGGGUCUUUUUACGCUUCCCCAAUCUUUCAGACAUAAACAUCAUUAGCGCCUGCAUUCGUACAUCAAAAAAUUCAGGAAUUUUGGUGACUCAUAAGUCUUUAUCGGUUCAUGUGGAUGCUCGGCUUUCACCAACGAACGGGUUUGUUGUCCAAAACGACGACCUUGUACCUUCAAAUUCAAUUGAUCAAGUGCUCGAAUUACUGGCUAAAAAUUAUCCGAAUUUGAGGAGAAUAGUCGUUGUUGGCGCAAGAGAAAAAGGUUUGUCGAGUAUUGCUAAUGAGUGUCACACUUUGCAAGAAUUGGAGUUUCAUUGUUGUGGGGAUCUGUCAUUGAAGGGAAUUUCUGCCUGCCAAAACUUACAAGUUGUGAAAUUGAUUGGUUCAAUUAAUGGAUUUUAUAGUUCAGUUGUUUCAGAUAUUGGUUUAACAAUAUUGGCGCAAGGUUGUAGAAGAUUAGUUAAAUUGGAGUUAAGUGGAUGUGAAGGAAGCUAUGAUGGGAUUAAAGCUAUUGGUCAAUGUUGUCAAAUGUUAGAAGAGUUAACUCUUUGUGAUCAUAGAAUGGAUGGUGGGUGGUUGGCAGCUCUGACGUUUUGUGGGAAUUUGAAAACAUUGAGGCUUCAAUCAUGUAAGAAUGUUGAUUCGAGUCCUGGGUCGCCUCAGCAUUUGGGGUCUUGUUUGACUCUUGAGGAAUUGCAAUUGCAGGGGUGUCAACUAAGGGAUAAGCAGAGUGUGGAAGCUUUGUUUUUAGUUUGUGAGAAUGUUAGGGAGAUUGUUUUGCAAAACUGUUGGGGAUUGGAGGAUGAUGUGUUUGGCCUUGCCUGUAUUUGCAGGAGGGUGAAGAUUCUAUCUCUGGAAGGAUGCUCUUUGCUAACAACUGGAGGUCUGGAGUCGGUAGUUCUAUCUUGGAAGGAGCUUCAAAGACUAAGAGUAGUCUCGUGUAACAAGAUAAAGGACGGUGAAAUCACACCUGCACUGGCAUCUUUGUUUUCUGUCUUUAAAGAGUUGAAAUGGCGGCCAGAUUCCAGGUUUCUGUUGUCAUCUGGUCUUGCAGGGACUGGAGUGGGAAAGAAAGGUGUUAGAUUUUUCAAGGGUUUAAAGCCUUAAAAUGUGCCACUUGAUGCUGAUAAUCUUGGUUUCAAAUUCAUGCUGCAGCUGCAAUAAAUUUCAACAGAUACAUACACACACUCUAUAGGAAUUCGGUAGUUUUCAUUAGACCAUCUAAUUUAGAUGCAUAGCAUGGUGAUAAGAGCGAUUGAUCUCUCUCUUGAGCAGAUCGGGCCCUCCAAAGUGGGCUGCUGGAUGAAGUAUAUACUAAUUUCUCUUCCACCCCAAUAAGUGUAUAUGGAGCAACUUGUGUCCAUAUUUUAUUGUCAAACUAGAAUAAGUUUUUUUGAUGUGUUUUGAUGUCGGUACUGUCUUCCUAACAUUAAGCAAGGUUAGAUGUGCUAAUUUUUUUAAGCAGAUAGUUCAGACUUAUUAAUAAUUUAGUGUAAGCAUAAACAUUAGUAAAGUUCAUCUUUCCUCUGGUACUGUCAAACUGUCUUCAGUUUGUUGGAUCUGCAAUAUCAUCAUAUCUUCAUGCAAUUGUCAGUGCAGCUGUUGGUUUUUUGUAUUACAUGCUGUGUUUCCAAUUUCUCCAAACUAUUCUGCAGAUUUACUAGCCACACCUUUUUAUGCCAUGAUAUAAUGUCUGGUGCUGCUGUGCCUGUAGUAUCAUUUGAAAGCUAUGAUGACUUCGUUGAAAGGAAUCUCUAAGAUUAAGAUUUAGAGGAUGUUCAGGGCCAAAGAUCUGGAUGAUUUGACUUAAAGUCUUCAACUGGUAUUCGAGGAUGCGUGGGGAAGAACAGGUUAUUGGAAUGAUUGGCUGCUCAAACAAAAUACUAGAAUGGAUGAUAAUCAGGAAAUAUGGAACCGCAUAAGAUCUCAUUCUCAUCCAGUUUUGGGAGGUUAAUAUUUAGUGGCUAUCAAUGGUGAGAAAAGAACAUGUUACUCUCGGCUAAUACCAACAAUUGUUUUGUAAGGCAUUUACAUUUAAAUUUUGCAUUGUAUAUAGUUUUCAUGAGGCUGUUGAUCAGUAGGCUAUUUCUCUGGCUAUCAAAAUAUGGCUGAAUCAGUCUUGUAUAAGAAUGUACGAGCUACCAGUCGGUGGAAAAGAUCAUGAAAUGAGAAUUAAUUUUUUUACGUUGA